AUGAAAACGUGGCGAGGCGGUCUGAAAUCUGAAUGCAUAAUUUUAUUGUGUCAAGCGACCGCGGCAUAGUAGGGCGCGCUGGGCGGGAAACGGUCGCGCCGUGCGGCCAUUUUUGUGAUUUCGGCGGGAAAUUUUACGUUCCGUAUUGUGAAAAGUGGAUUGUGAUUUUUUAAAUUAAUGGAUGUUUUGGAACGGAAUCUGUGAUUUUUUGACCACGAGAUGAAUAAGAAGUCGCAUAAAAAGAAGCAAAAGAAGCGCGGGAAAGGCGAUGGAAGGAACAAGGAGAACAUUCCCGAGGCCGAAGUCGAGGCCGAGGAGGUCCAGGAGGUCCAGGAGGUCCAGGAGGUCCCACCGACGCCUGACCUGUGCUACGAGGUCAAACACUCGGAUGUUAUGGGACGGUAUUUAGUGGCUCGUCGCAAUAUCCGCGCCGGGGAGAUAAUCCUGGAAGCGCCCGCGUUGGCCGUGGGCCCGUGUGCAGGCUGUCCCAUCGUGUGCCUCGGGUGCUACCGCGAGCUGCAUGACGUGGCCUUAUACAAGUGUGACGGCUGUAAAUGGCCCCUGUGCAGCAAGACGUGCUUCGGCCGAGGUCGGUACACCGGGCACUCCACGCACGAGUGCGAGGCGUUGAAGAAGUGCCCUCCCAACUACAACGACAUGGAGGACUUGAAGGAGUCGUACCACGCGUUGAUGCCUUUAAGGUGCCUCCUCCUAAAAAAGGCGGACCCAUCCAAAUGGGCAGCGGUGUCAGCCAUGGAAGCCCACAAUGCCCUUCGUAAGGAAAGACCUGAUAUCUGGCCUAGCAACGAGACCCAUGUGUUAAGCCGGCUUAAAGCUUGGAGAAUGGGGUUUGAUGAUGAAGAGGUGCACACUAUCUGUGGAAUUCUUGAGGUUAACGCCUUCGAAGUCGGCGGAGGUGGGGCUAACGCGCGAGCUCUCUACGACCGAGCGUAUCUCCUGGCUCACGACUGCACUCCUAGUACAACCCACACGGACGCCGAGGCGAAGCCAAACAGACCUCUUACCAUACGAGCAGCCGUGCCACAUAAGGCUGGCGACUUAUUGUCGCUGUGCUACGCGUAUACGUUACAGGGCACGUUGAAACGCCGCGAGCACAUCAAACACAGCAAGUUCUUCGACUGCUGCUGCCGGCGCUGCGCCGACCCCACCGAGCUCGGCACCUUCGCCAGCGCCUUCCGGUGCCCCAAGUGUGCGGGGCGCGUGCUGCCCACGGCGCCGCUGGACCCCGAGGCACCGUGGAGUUGUAUAGAUGGAUGCAGCUACAGUAUGUCGGCGGCUGCUGUUCAACUGCUGCUAAAAAGGCUAACGGACGAGUUUGAACAAAUCGACGCUAACGACGUGCCCGGCUUCGAGACCUUUCUCCACAAAUACCGCAACGUCAUACACGGGGGGCACUACCUGCGGCUGUCUGCGCUGCACUCGUUGUCGCAGCUCUACGGCAAAGCGGCGAGCUACCUCAUCCAUGAGAUGCCGGAACCAGAGCUGCAUAGAAAGAUUGAGGUGUGCCGUGAGCUGAUGAAGGCCUUCGAUGUUAUUGAGCCGGGAUAUUCUAGGUUACGAGGUGUGACGUUGUACGAGCUGCACGCACCACUGAUGAUCCUGACCACACGCAAGUUUGAGAGCAAAUCCAUCUCUAAGGACGAGCUGCGUACAAGGCUGAAAGAGAUCGUAGGCUACCUCUCCGAAGCCGCUCUGAUCCUCGGCUUCGAGCCUUCCCAGUCCUCCGAGGGUCUGAUGGCAUCCGCCGCCAAAGAUGCCCUCAAGAAGAUCAAGACUUGGGAGCAAAUCAUCGGCAAGAUCUCAUGAGCGU